AACAUAACAGUUUUAAUUCAGACAUAUUACGUUGAACAUCACAUCUCCCAACUAAUAAUGGAGGUUGAGAAGCCAAAAUCUCUUCAAACACCUUUAUCGUUGCCAGACAAAUUAUUGAUGGGCCCAGGGCCUUCUAACAGCUCUCCAAGGGUGUUACACGCUAUGAGCCGUCCUGUUUUAGGACACAUGCAUCCGGAGGUGUUUAAAAUGAUGGACGAUAUUAAAGAUGGCAUCAGAUAUGUCUUACAAACUAACAACAGAUUAACAUUGGCUAUAUCUGCAUCUGGACACAGUGGAAUGGAGGCGGUCUUUUGCAAUUUAACAGAGCCAGGAGAUACUGUUUUAAUCGCUGUGAAUGGUAUAUGGGGUGUUAGAGCCACAGAUAUAGCCAAAAGAUACGGUACCAUUGCAAAAACCAUAGAAACUGAGAUGGGUGACAAUUUUAGCUUGGCACGGAUUGAAAAUAUGAUUAAGAAUUGUAGGCCAAAAUUGUUUUUCAUUGUGCAAGGCGAGAGUUCUACUGGCGUGUACCAGCCCCUGGAGGGUAUUGGUGAUAUUUGUUACAGAUACAAUUGUUUGUUUGCUGUGGAUACUGUGGCAUCUUUGGGAGGGGUGGAAAUGUAUGCUGAUAAGUGGAAAAUUGAUGCGGUGUAUACAGGAUCGCAGAAAGUUUUAGGUGCACCUCCAGGACUGACGCCCAUUUCUUUUAGCCCGAGAGCAGAGAGGGUAAUUUUUACGAGAAAAACUCCUGUUCCUGUUUACUAUUUGGAUAUGAGAGAAGUUGGACAACAAUGGAACUGUUUCAAUGGACCUAGAAUAUAUCACCAUACAACGUGUUCAAAUCUUUUGGCUAGUUUACGUGAAGGUCUUGCUUUGAUUGUCGAAGAAGGGUUGGAAGAAAUUAUAAUGAGACAUAAAUUGUGUGCAAAUCGGCUAUAUGAAGGUUUAGAAAAAAUGGGACUUGAACUGUUUGUUGAAGAAAGUCAUAAAAGAUUACCAACAGUAACAACCAUUAAAGUACCAGGAAACAUAAACUGGAUGGAUGUUCUGAACUACGCCAUGAAAAAUUAUCAUUUGGAAAUUAGUGGCGGUUUGGGACCAACGGCAGGAAAAGUUUUCAGAAUAGGUCUAAUGGGUUACAAUGCAAAAAUUGAAAAUGUGGAUCGGGUUUUAAAGGUGUUGAAAGAAGCUAUUAAUAACUCAAAUAAUAAUAAAAGCAAAUUAUAAUUUUUUAAAUUAAUAACAGAUAUAUGCGUAUUUAACAAAUUGCUUUUCAUUUGUGAGCAUAAAAAAUUAAAAAUAAAUUAAAUAUAAAGAAAUA